AUGGAUGCAAUGAGUGCAGCCGAGCAACAGAUUGUCGCUGCUGAAACCAACGGCUCAACACCUAUACCAGACCCAGACUAUGAAGACGAGGCAGUCACACAGUAUCCAGCAUCUGAAUUUUCAGACGAGGAAUAUGAGGCCGAUGAGGGUAUUAAUAAACGGCGGAAGAAGGAGGGAAGAAACCUAGACCGGCAGAAAAAUAUGGCAUUAGCGCAAAAGAAAGACCAGCCAAAUACCCAAACUUACUCACGCGGCUUGCUGAAACCGUCUAACCAUUCUUCUAAGACUCUUCAACUAAGGCUGACCUUCGGGUCUGGGGAUCAAGACAUUCUACCCAUAAUACAUACCAGAGACAAUUGGUCAGGGGGGUUAGAUUUGACUUUCCCAAGUAGAGAAAGUCUCCAGGUAUGCAUUGGCUGGAAUUCGCGCGGAAGUAAAGACAUAUUUGGGGUCGACAGAGAGACGAAUAUCCGUGAGUCCACUACAGGCUGGGACUGGUUUUAUAGUGAUAUAGGGGCCCGGUUCCGUGGGAAACAGCAAACUCUCCCUAUUACCGAAGACGUAGCAAAUACACAUCUACCCAGCAAGGAGAUACCGAAGACAACCGUGCUAAUCGGCCCAUCGGAUGCUCAAACUACAUUCUUAUUAGGACGCGGUGAGUCAUUUGACUUCUCCUCAGCAUGGCCUUCUACAGAAUCCAUUGCUAUAAAACAGGAGUCAGAAGAAGCACCCGUCUCACAAGCAAAUGAGCGGGCUUCGGACGCACCUAACCGAGUUAAAGCCCGGGAGGGUUGGAUCAUAAACCUCGGGAGUAAAAUCCAAUGUCUCAGUUGGGCUCAUAAUUGCAAUGGAAACUCUCAAUUCCUGGCCAUUGUAGCUCCUAUCCAUGACAGUCAGAAAGCACAGUUUGAUGAUGGAAAUAUCAGAGGUGCCCCUGCAUUCACUCCUUCGCCGCCAUAUCCUGCAGCAAUCCAAAUUUGGAGGUUUGAAGCCAGGGACCCUAAGAGUGGACUUCGGAAACUGAACAUGAAUAAACCCCCAUUCUUGCAUAUGGUUAUCUGCACGGAAUUUGGCACAAUAAGCCGCCUUUGUUGGUGCCCUAUUUCCGUCAACCGGGAUUCAGAUGAUGGAAAUGAUAGUAAGACCACGAGACCGAGACCCGCCCUCCUAGCAGGACUUUGGAGCGAUGGCACUGUCAAAGUCUUCAAUGUUGACUUAAGCGACAGCAAAAGUGAAACCAAGUACGCUAUCGGAAGUGCAAACGGGUUUAUUGGUGUAUGGAGCUUAGUCCAGUCGGCUCGAAGAGAAUCAAUUACCAACCCUGAGCCGUAUCUAUACGUCCCAAUCCACGACACAUACAUACUUAACGUUGCUUCAGCUUAUCCUACCCAUCCUUAUAUUAUUGCAGCAACCUCCGUCGGUGGUCAGACGCGGCUGGUAUCCCUCCAAGAUCCAGCAGCGGAAGUGGUUGAUGCGCUUCGACUGAGGAUAGGGACUCAAUGCCUCGUCUACUCCCCUUUUUUACGCUCCUUUAUUACCAAUGACGAAGGAGACUUUGUUCGGCUUCUUCCUCUCCGCCGCUUCUUUUCGAGCCUUGCUGCGCUCAAGUCUCGAAGUAUUGCCACCUCCUUAGCGACUGCAAGUUUACAUCACCCCUGCAUUCUCGCAGGAAACGCGGGAGGAGCGGUGAUAGGGAACAACCCCCUCCGAAAGCUCAUUCAUUCCAAGGAAAAGCAGUGGCAGCAGACCUGGUUUUCGCAAGAAUGGAUUAAUGGGGGAAACAAUAACAUCACUCCGGGACCAGUAGUUAAAUUCUAUGAUGGAUUCAAGGCAGAAACAGCGAGCCUAGCCAAGGGUUCAUCAGCUCAAGAUAAGGAGAUAGGCCAGGUGGGCAUGAUGACUGUAUAUGAAGAGCAAACUGCCAUCACAGCCAUUGCCUGGAAUCCAAAUGCAUCGUGCUCUGGAUGGGCAUGUGCUGGGAUGGGGAGUGGUUUGCUCCGUGUGGAGGAUCUGGCUCAUGAAUAG